UAGACACAGAGAGAAAUGAGUGGGGGAACGAAGGUUGUGUGUGUAACAGGAGCCUCCGGCUACAUAGGCUCGUGGCUUGUGAAGCUCUUGCUACAAAGAGGUUAUACUGUCAGAGCUACCGUUCGCGACCCAAAUGAUCCAAAGAAAACAGAGCACUUGCUCUCACUUGAUGGAGCAAAAGAAAGGCUUCAUUUGUUCAAGGCAGGUUUAUUAGAAGAAGGAGCUUUCGACCCCGUAAUUGAUGGAUGCGUUGGUGUUUUUCAUACAGCAUCGCCUGUACAACUUUCAGCCACUGACCCACAGGCAGAAAUAGUUGAGCCUGCAGUGAAGGGAACUCUGAAUGUUCUAAAAUCAUGUGCGAAAUUUCCCACUGUCAAGAGAGUGGUUUUAACAUCUUCCAUGUCUUCAGUAUCGUUUAGUAGAACACCGAUAACUUCUGAUAUGGUUUUGGAUGAAACAUGGUACUCAGAUCCACUUGUUUGUGAGCAGAACCAGAGAUGGUAUCCGCUCUCCAAAAUUUUAGCUGAGGAGGCUGCCUGGAAAUUUGCAAAAGAAAAUGGGAUCGACUUGGUGUCGAUGAAUCCAGGGAUUGUGAUUGGUCCGCUCUUACAGCCAACUCUUAAUGGCUCCGUGGAGCUGAUUGCAAAUAUCAUAAGUGGUAUCCAAACACCAUUUCUAAAUUAUACAUUUGUAGACGUUAGAGAUGUUGCCUCUGCCCAUAUUCAAGCAUUCGAAGUUCCUUCAGCUAAUGGCAGAUAUUGUUUAGUUGGCCAAGUAGCUGACGGCCCCGAUACUCUACAGAUUUUACGACAACUUUACCCCACUUUGUGCCUUCCUGAGUUUGGCAAUCCUUCUGACUCAAAGUAUCAAGUGUCAAAGGAGAAAGCGAAAAGUUUGGGAAUUAAUUUCCUUCCUCUGGAAGCAAGUCUAAGGGACACUAUUGAAAGCCUCAAGGAGAAGGGCUUCCUCAAUAUCUGAAGUGUGCAACUUACAUGCAUAUCGGUAGGAUAUUUUGAAAACAUGCUUAAAGGAAAUAUUUGGCCAUACUGUGGUUUGAAUCCGUUGAAUUUUAUUUCCUGGUAAAGUACUGUAUUUGCAGUAAAAAAUAUUUGUUCCGGUUACGACUUGAGACUCUCUUAAAUUAGUUCAUUUCAA